UGAGCUGAAACGUCGUGAAGGAGGCGUGAGGCCUAGCUCUCCUGUAUGCAACCAGCUAGCUAAAGCUCUAAAAGAUAAUCGAUCGUGUGUGGAUUUUAUAAAACGUGAAACAUCGAUUGAGUGAAAUAAAGAAAAGGAACAUAUUUUGCUGCAGGAGUUCUACCUGCCACCAUGUCGCUGGAAGCACCAGACAUGGGCCACGAUCCUGCACCAGACAUGGGCCACGAUCCUGCACCAGACAUGGGCCACGAUCCUGCACCAGACAUGUCCCCAGAACUAGCUGCAGAUUCCGCUCCAGUCCCAGAAUUAGCCCCUGAGCUAACAGCAGAUACAGCCCCAGAACUAGCUGCAGAUUCAGCUCCGGUCCCAGUAAUGAAUCCAGGUUGUAAGAUCAUGACAUUCCGGCCCACCAUGGAGGAAUUCAAGGACUUUGCCAAAUACAUUGCCUACAUGGAGACUCAAGGAGCACACCGCGCAGGCCUGGCGAAGGUGAUUCCCCCCAAGGGCUGGAAGCCACGGAAGUCAUAUGACGUCAUUGAGGAGAUGACGAUCCCUGCUCCCAUCAUGCAGGUGGUGACGGGCCAGUCAGGCCUCUUUACCCAGUACAACAUCCAGAAGAAGUCCAUGACUGUGGGGGAGUACCGCCAACUGGCCAACAGCAGAAAGUACUGCACUCCCCGACACAAGGACUUUGACGACCUGGAGAGGAAGUACUGGAAGAACCUCACCUUUGUAUCUCCAAUCUACGGGGCUGACGUCAGCGGCUCCAUCUAUGACUCCGAGAUCAGUGAGUGGAACAUUGGCCACCUGAACACGCUGCUGGACAUGGUGGAGCAGGAGUGUGGCAUUGUGAUCGAGGGGGUGAACACUCCCUACCUGUACUUUGGCAUGUGGAAGACCACCUUCGCCUGGCACACAGAGGACAUGGAUCUCUACAGUAUCAACUACCUCCACUUUGGAGAGCCCAAGUCCUGGUAUGCCAUCCCACCUGAGCACGGGAAAAGGCUGGAGAGGCUGGCUCAAGGUUUCUUCCCAGGCAGUUCCCAGGGCUGUGACGCCUUUCUCCGCCACAAGAUGACUCUCAUCUCCCCGUCCAUACUGAAGAAGUACAGCAUCCCCUUCGACAGGAUCACUCAGGAAGAAGGCGAGUUUAUGGUCACCUUUCCUUAUGGCUAUCACGCCGGAUUCAACCACGGCUUCAACUGCGCCGAGUCCACCAACUUUGCCACCCUGCGUUGGAUUGACUACGGCAAGAUGGCAACACAGUGUACAUGUCGUAAGGACAUGGUGAAGAUCUCCAUGGACGUGUUUGUCCGCUGCCUGCAGCCGGAGCGCUACGUCCAGUGGAAACAGGGCAAGGACGGCAUGGUGCUGGACCACCAGCGACCCACCACCCUGACCAGCCCUGAGCUGGAGCACUGGAGGGCCAACCGGGUCACCUACCGCCAGAAACUGCUUCAGAGAGCUUUACAGAAGAAGGAGCAGCUGCGGCGGCUGAAACUGGAGGAGGUCAAGGUUCUGGCGGAGGAAGGCAUCGAGAUGGAUGCCGCCGAGUACCAGCGUCAGGUGGAGGAGCGAGAGGCCCAGCGGCGCCAGGAGAGGGAGGAGAGGAUGGCCCGGGAGGCGUUUCAGACCCUGGAGGCCAUGGAGAGAGAGGACCAGGAGAGGGAAGAACGGGAGAGGCAGGACCGAGAGAGGCAGGAAGCCGUUGCCGCCAAGGCCACAAGAGUACACGACCCCCAGGCAGACCCACAGCACUUGACGGCGAAUGGAGAGAAGAAAAAGAAGAAGAAGAAGAAGAAGAAGAAGCAACAACAACCUACCCUGCCGCUGGCCCCUAUAAAUUCCUUCCAAGCAGCGUUUGAGAAGUUUGCCACAUUCAACAUGCCCCAGACACCAAAGGAGCCCCAAGGCAGCAAUGACACGGAAAUACCAGCAGAGGGCAGGCUUGAUGUGAAAGGCAUGCAGCAGCAGUCAUCGUACUACUCUAAGCAGUUGAAGAUUAAGGUGGAGGUGAAGAAGAGUCGCCGGCACCCCCUCAGCAAGCCGCCUAUGCGCUCUCCGCUAUCCAUCGUCAAGCAGGAAAUGUCCAGCGAUGAAGAGCUGUUCUCCCCUUUGCCACUGGAUGGCCAUGUGAAGAAGGCGGGCCACUUGUGGCAGAACCGCACUCCUAACAUCCUGGCUGAGAAGAGUUUCAACGCGGCCGUGGCCACCCUGGAACCCUACUGUGCCGUAUGCACUCUGUUCUGCCCAUACACACAGCCCCAGAAGGACUCUCUGUACCUGUCUGACAGCCCCAGCGCCCUCAACCACACUCCCGGCUGCGGCAGCCGCACCCACCCGCUGGUCCCAGAGAUGUGCUUCAGCGCCGGGCCGGACAACACGGAGCCGCUGCCCUCCAACUCCCACACGGGAGAAGACUGCACCAGCCCGCUGAUCUCCUGCUCCUUCUGCAGCCUGCAGGUCCACUCCAGUUGUUAUGGUGUUAGUCUGGACACGGUACACAAUCAGUCCUGGAUGUGUUCGCGAUGUACAGCGCUCGCUUGGACAGCGGACUGCUGUCUGUGUAACUUACGGGGAGGGGCUCUGAAGAUGACCACAGACAACCGGUGGGUCCAUGUGAUUUGUGCCAUCGCCGUGGCGGAGGCUCGCUUCGUCAACGCCAUCGCAAGGGAGCCGGUGGACAUCAGCGCCAUCCCCGAUAGCAGGAAGAGUCUGAAGUGUGUGUACUGCCACAAGAACACCAAGCAGAUGUGCGGGGCGUGUAUCCAGUGUUCCCACGACAACUGCUCCACCUCCUUCCACGUCACCUGCGCCCACAUCGCCGGUGUGCUCAUGAAGCCAGCCGAUUGGCCCUACGUGGUGUCUGUCACCUGCCACAAGCAUAAGAAGACCAAUCACAAGGCAAGGGUGGGGCCAAGGGGGGAGUUUUCUCUUGGUCAGAAGGUAAUUGGUCGGAACAUCGAUGGCUGGUUCUACCCCUGCACCAUCAUUGGCAUGACCUCACAAACCUUCUACGAGGUCAACUACGAUGACGGCUCCUACUGUGACAACAUCUUCCCCGAGAACGUUGUGAGUCACGACUGUCUUCGUAACGGUCCCCCAGAGACCGGCGAGCUGAUGUUGGUCCACAACAUGGAGGGCCAGGCACUCAACGCCUCCUACAUCAAGGAUCACGUGCACAAGUACUACCAGGUGGAGUUCCAAGAUGAGUCCCAGCUGUUACUGAAGCAAACAGAGAUCCAUUCGCUGGAGCAGGACCUGCCCAAGAGGGUCUGCACUCGCCUGGCAAUACCAACCCAGGAAGCCCUUCUGACAGGAGACGAACCACAGGCAGCCAAGAGGCCUCGCCUCCCCGCCCCUCACCCCACACCUCAAGCCCCCAUAGACCCCGGAUGCCAACCCCUAGCUACAGGCCCUGUACCUCACAGUAUUACACCUCACACACCCAGCCAUGCUCCUGGUCCCUCCAACACUGAUAUUAGCGCCCUUACCCUCACCCAGGCUCUGGCAAUACCCAUCUCCGAGCCCACCCUCACCCCAAUGCCAACUCUCACUGAUCCUCUCCCAGCCCCGUCGGCCCUAGCCGCCCCUCUGCUGCCCCUCUCCCCAGCCGUUCCCUUCCAGGACCAGGGUGAAGUUUACACAGCCAGGUCCGUGCCCUUCCAGGACCAGGGUGAAGCUUACACAGCCAGGUCCGUGCCCUUCCAGGACCAGGGUGAAGCUUACACAGCCAGGUCCGUGCCCUUCCAGGACCAGGGUGAAGCUUACACAGCCAGGUCCGUGCCCUUCCAGGACCAGGGUGAAGGAUACACGCCCAGCUCCAGCUACGUGUCCUACAUGGAGACGCUGCUCAAUACACACUUCCCCCCUCAGGAAGAUGGCCCCGGGCCCCUGUUAUAAUGAGACGCCACCACUCUGCCGUGAUAGCUAGGCUAACAGGAGCUAAGCUAAUGCUAGGAAGAUAAUGUAAUCUAUGCUAAAGGAGGCUAAGUGAUAGACAGUAGCAUCUGUUACAGAAGACAGAUAAAGCACUCCUCAGUUGCAUGUCUUUUUUUUUU